ACUAUAAUCACUGUAGAACACUAGAAAUAUCACACAUAUCUACAACAUGCAAUUAAAAUUUAGCCUAGAUAAAGUAAUACUUGUAAUAGUAUUAGUGAUAAUAAUAACAAUCUAGGCUUCAAAGGUCCAGAGCUCCUUAGAUGAUAGAUGACUUCUCUGUCUGGGAUAAACAUUACACUACAAACUGGUCACUUAUUUACCAGCCCUCAGUUUUCCUUGUCUAAAAACUGCCACUGAGUCAUAAAAAGCUCUACGUCUUUGUUUAUGAUGCCUGGGAGUGUUUCCUGGAUGAGUAGCAGCCUGGUCUGCAUAUUGUAGAUUAUUACAGGUUUCUGAGCAACACACAUUACUGUUGAGACAAAGCUUUGGAAGAGCAUAAUGUUUCUCAGGUGUCAGAUUUUGCAUGUGUUUAUAUUGGCUUGGACAGAAUCAGAAACAUGAAUUUGACCAGUGAUGGUGAGACCUGUUGGACAUGCUCAGGAUAGAGAAUCUGCCUAAAUUGGCUGGACCAUUCUUACAGACUGUGUCUAUGGAGCGGAAGAGUCCAGCUGCUAUGAGUCAGCAGUUGGAGCUAGAUCAAGGUGGCAUGGCAAAAGAUCUGGCCAAAAACAGAAAGGUUGUCAUGCCAAGUUGGACUGAAGUUGAAGAAAUAAAGUCUUACAGCAGGAAUAAUGUCCGGACAAACAAGUACACCUUUCUAUCCUUCAUCCCCAAGAAUCUUUUUGAGCAACUUCAUCGUUUUGCCAAUGUAUACUUCAUCUUUUUGGGGGCGUUGAACUUUGUGCCUAUUGUAAAUGCGUUCCAGCCGGAGAUCUCGAUCAUUCCUAUUAUCUUCGUGAUGUCCGUAACUGCUGUUAAAGACCUUUGGGAGGACCAACGCCGGAGGAAGUCUGACAAACAGGUCAAUAACCGCUUAUGUGAUGUUUUUGACAGGUAAACGCAUGAAACUUUCUGAAU